AUGGGAAGGAUCCCCAUGCCCCCCUUUAGGAUAUCGAUGCUCAAAACGAAUGUUCAGAUAACAGACUUGUGUUCUCGGCACAAACGUUUCGGUCACAGUGAUACAGAUAUAACCUUCGUCCCCUGUCAAGUGACCUUGCGGCAGGGACCUCGCGCCGCCACAAGGAGCAGCAGGGACCUCGCGCCGCCACAAGGAGCAGCAGGGACCUCGCGCCGCCACAAGGAGCGGCAGGGACCUCGCGCCGCCACAAGAAGCAGCAGGGACCUCGCGCCGCUACAAGAAGCGGCAGGGACCUCGCGCCGCCACAAGGAGCAGCAGGGACCUCGCGCCGCCACAAGGAGCGGCAGGGACCUCGCGCCCCCACAAGGAGCAGCAGGGACCUCGCGCCGCUACAAGGAGCGGCAGGGACCUCGCGCCGCCACAAGGAGCGGGAGGGACCUCGCGCCGCCACAAGGAGCAGCAGGGACCUCGCGCCGCCACAAGGAGCAGCAGAGACCUCGCGCCGCCACAAGGAGCAGCAGGGACCUCGCGCCGCCACAAGGAGCAGCAGGGACCUCGCGCCGCUACAAGGAGCAGCAGGGACCUAGCGCCGCCACAAGGAGCAGCAGGGACCUCGCGCCGCUACAAGGAGCGGGAGGGACCUCGCCCCCACAAGGAGCGGCAGGGACCUCGCGCCGCCACAAGGAGCGGCAGGGACCUCGCGCCGCCACAAGGAGCGGCAGGGACCUCGCGCCGCCACAAGGAGCGGAAGGGACCUCGCGCCGCCACAAGGAGCAGCAGGGACCUCGCGCCCCCACAAGGAGCAGCAGGGACCUCGCGCCGCCACAAGGAGCGGGAGGGACCUCGCGCCGCCACAAGGAGCGGAAGGGACCUCGCGCCGCCACAAGGAGCGGCAGGGACCUCGCGCCCCCACAAGGAGCAGCAGGGACCUCGCGCCGCCACAAGGAGCGGGAGGGACCUCGCGCCGCCACAAGGAGCGGAAGGGACCUCGCGCCGCCACAAGGAGCGGGAGGGACCUCGCGCCCCCACAAGGAGCGGGAGGGACCUCGCGCCGCCACAAGGAGCGGGAGGGACCUCGCGCCCCCACAAGGAGCGGCAGGGACCUCGCGCCGCCACAAGGAGCGGGAGGGACCUCGCGCCGCCACAAGGAGCGGGAGGGACCUCGCGCCCCCACAAGGAGCGGCAGGGACCUCGCGCCGCCACAAGGAGCGGGAGGGACCUCGCGCCGCCACAAGGAGCGGGAGGGACCUCGCGCCCCCACAAGGAGCAGCAGGGACCUCGCGCCGCCACAAGGAGUGGGAGGGACCCUCGCGCCGCCACAAGGAGCGGGAGGGACCUCGCGCCGCCACAAGGAGCGGGAGGGACCUCGCGCCCCCACAAGGAGCGGGAGGGACCUCGCGCCGCCACAAGGAGCGGGAGGGACCUCGCGCCCCCACAAGGAGCGGGAGGGACCUCGCGCCCCCACAAGGAGCGGGAGGGACCUCGCGCCGCCACAAGGAGCGGGAGGGACCUCGCGCCCCCACAAGGAGCGGCAGGGACCUCGCGCCGCCACAAGGAGCGGGAGGGACCUCGCGCCGCCACAAGGAGCGGGAGGGACCUCGCGCCGCCACAAGGAGCGGCAGGGACCUCGCGCCGCCACAAGGAGCGGGAGGGACCUCGCGCCGUCACAAGGAGCAGCAGGGACCUCGCGCCGCCACAAGGAGCGGGAGGGACCUCGCGCCGCCACAAAGAGCGGGAGGGACCUCGCGCCGCCACAAGGAGCGGGAGGGACCUCGCGCCGCCACAAGGAGCGGCAGGGACCUCGCGCCGCCACAAGGAGCAGCAGGGACCUCGCGCCGCCACAAGGAGCGGGAGGGACCUCGCGCCCCCACAAGGAGCGGGAGGGACCUCGCGCCGCCACAAAGAGCGGGAGGGACCUCGCGCCCCCACAAGGAGCGGGAGGGACCUCGCGCCCCCACAAGGAGCGGGAGGGACCUCGCGCCGCCACAAGGAGCGGCAGGGACCUCGCGCCGCCACAAGGAGCAGCAGGGACCUCGCGCCGCCACAAGGAGCAGCCUAGUUAACCUCAAGGAGCCACCCCCUCCUAAAGCAUACAACACAGAGCCACCCCCUCCUAAAGCAUACAACACAGAGCCACCCCCUCCUAAAGCAUACAACACAGAGCCACCCCCUCCUAAAGCAUACAACACAGAGCCACCCCCUCCUAAAGCAUACAACACAGAGCCACCCCCUCCUAAAGCAUACAACACAGAGCCACCCCCUCCUAAAGCAUACAACACAGAGCCACCCCCUCCUAAAGCAUACAACACAGAGCCACCCCCUCCUAAAGCAUACAACACAGAGCCACCCCCUCCUAAAGCAUACAACACAGAGCCACCCCCUCCUAAAGCAUACAACACAGAGCCACCCCCUCCUAAAGCAUACAACACAGAGCCACCCCCUCCUAAAGCAUACAACACAGAGCCACCCCCUCCUAAAGCAUACAACACAGAGCCACCCCCUCCUAAAGCAUACAACACAGAGCCACCCCCUCCUAAAGCAUACAACACAGAGCCACCCCCUCCUAAAGCAUACAACACAGAGCCACCCCCUCCUAAAGCAUACAACACAGAGCCACCCCCUCCUAAAGCAUACAACACAGAGCCACCCCCUCCUAAAGCAUACAACACAGAGCCACCCCCUCCUAAAGCAUACAACACAGAGCCACCCCCUCCUAAAGCAUACAACACAGAGCCACCCCCUCCUAAAGCAUACAACACAGAGCCACCCCCUCCUAAAGCAUACAACACAGAGCCACCCCCUCCUAAAGCAUACAACACAGAGCCACCCCCUCCUAAAGCAUACAACACAGAGCCACCCCCUCCUAAAGCAUACAACACAGAGCCACCCCCUCCUAAAGCAUACAACACAGAGCCACCCCCUCCUAAAGCAUACAACACAGAGCCACCCCCUCCUAAAGCAUACAACACAGAGCCACCCCCUCCUAAAGCAUACAACACAGAGCCACCCCCUCCUAAAGCAUACAACACAGAGCCACCCCCUCCUAAAGCAUACAACACAGAGCCACCCCCUCCUAAAGCAUACAACACAGAGCCACCCCCUCCUAAAGCAUACAACACAGAGCCACCCCCUCCUAAAGCAUACAACACAGAGCCACCCCCUCCUAAAGCAUACAACACAGAGCCACCCCCUCCUAAAGCAUACAACACAGAGCCACCCCCUCCUAAAGCAUACAACACAGAGCCACCCCCUCCUAAAGCAUACAACACAGAGCCACCCCCUCCUAAAGCAUACAACACAGAGCCACCCCCUCCUAAAGCAUACAACACAGAGCCACCCCCUCCUAAAGCAUACAACACAGAGCCACCCCCUCCUAAAGCAUACAACACAGAGCCACCCCCUCCUAAAGCAUACAACACAGAGCCACCCCCUCCUAAAGCAUACAACACAGAGCCACCCCCUCCUAAAGCAUACAACACAGAGCCACCCCCUCCUAAAGCAUACAACACAGAGCCACCCCCUCCUAAAGCAUACAACACAGAGCCACCCCCUCCUAAAGCAUACAACACAGAGCCACCCCCUCCUAAAGCAUACAACACAGAGCCACCCCCUCCUAAAGCAUACAACACAGAGCCACCCCCUCCUAAAGCAUACAACACAGAGCCACCCCCUCCUAAAGCAUACAACACAGAGCCACCCCCUCCUAAAGCAUACAACACAGAGCCACCCCCUCCUAAAGCAUACAACACAGAGCCACCCCCUCCUAAAGCAUACAACACAGAGCCACCCCCUCCUAAAGCAUACAACACAGAGCCACCCCCUCCUAAAGCAUACAACACAGAGCCACCCCCUCCUAAAGCAUACAACACAGAGCCACCCCCUCCUAAAGCAUACAACACAGAGCCACCCCCUCCUAAAGCAUACAACACAGAGCCACCCCCUCCUAAAGCAUACAACACAGAGCCACCCCCUCCUAAAGCAUACAACACAGAGCCACCCCCUCCUAAAGAAUACAACACAGAGCCACCCCCUCCUAAAGCAUACAACACAGAGCCACCCCCUCCUAAAGCAUACAACACAGAGCCACCCCCUCCUAAAGCAUACAACACAGAGCCACCCCCUCCUAAAGCAUACAACACAGAGCCACCCCCUCCUAAAGCAUACAACACAGAGCCACCCCCUCCUAAAGCAUACAACACAGAGCCACCCCCUCCUAAAGCAUACAACAUGGGAGAUCAUUCACGUAUAUCAGAAACAGGAUAG